AUGGCUGAUUCAAAUACUCCCAUUGGAGCAUUUAGCUUUCCAAAAGAAGAAGAAGAAGUUAUUAAAUUAUGGGAUGAUUUAAAUGCUUUUCACAAAACUUUAGAAUUAACUGAAGAUUUACCUCCAUUUGCAUUUUUUGAUGGUCCACCGUUCGCUACUGGUACUCCACAUUAUGGUCAUAUACUAGCUUCUACAGUCAAAGAUAUUAUUCCAAGAUAUGCUACUAUGAAUGGGUUUCAUGUUGAAAGAAGAUUUGGUUGGGAUACUCAUGGUUUACCCGUUGAACAUGAAAUUGAUAAAAAAUUGGGUAUAACUUCAAAAGAAGAUGUUUAUGCAAUGGGUAUUGAUAAAUAUAAUGCUGAAUGUAGAUCAAUUGUUAUGAGAUAUGCUGAUGAAUGGAAACGAACUAUAAAAAGAUUAGGUAGAUGGAUUGAUAUGGAAAAUGAUUAUAAAACUUUAUAUCCUGAAUUUAUGGAAUCUGUUUGGUGGGCUUUUAAAGAAUUAUAUAAAAAAGAUUCAGUUUAUAGAGGUUUAAGAGUUAUGCCUUAUUCAACUGCUUGUACUACACCAUUAUCAAAUUUUGAAGCUCAACAAAAUUAUAAAGAAGUUAAUGAUCCAGCUAUUACAAUUGCAUUUCCUUUGGUAGAUGAUGAAAAUACUGUUUUGGUUGCUUGGACAACUACUCCAUGGACAUUACCUGCAAAUAUUGCUUUAGCAGUCAAUCCAAAAUUUGAAUAUGUUAAAAUUUAUGAUGAAGAAAAGAAGAAACAUUUUAUUUUAUUAGAAAGUUUAAUUGGUACAUUAUAUAAAAAACCAAAAUCAGCUAAAUUUAAAGUUGUUGAAAAAUUAAAAGGUACUGAUUUAGUUGGAUUAAAAUAUAAACCAUUAUUUGAUUAUUUUUAUGAAGAUUUUAAAGAUUAUGGUUUUAAAGUUAUUCCUGGUGAUUAUGUUACAAAUGAUUCAGGUACUGGUAUUGUUCAUCAAGCUCCAUCAUAUGGUGAAGAAGAUUACAAAUGUGCUUCAGAAGCUGGAGUUAUUACUGAAAAAAGACAUCCACCAGAUGUUGUUGAUGAUUCAGGUAAAAUGAGAUCAAAUGUUGAAUUAGUUGCAGGAAUGUAUUUUAAAGAUGCUGAUAAAGUUAUUAUUAAACAUUUAGUUGAUCAAGGUAGAAUAUUAGUUAAUUCUCAAGCUAAACAUAGUUAUCCAUUUUGUUGGAGAUCUGAUACUCCAUUAAUAUAUAGAACAGUUCCUGCAUGGUUUGUUAGAAUUGGUGAAAUUAUACCACAAAUGUUAUCAAAUGUUGAAAAAACAAAUUGGGUUCCAUCAACUAUUAAAGAAAAAAGAUUUAGUAAUUGGAUUGCAAAUGCAAGAGACUGGAAUAUUUCAAGAAAUAGAUAUUGGGGUACACCAAUUCCAUUAUGGGCAAGUGAAGAUUUUGAAGAAAUUAUAUGUGUUGGAUCAAUUGAAGAACUUAAGAAAUUGUCAGGUAGAGAUGAUAUUACCGAUAUUCAUAGAGAAUCUAUUGAUUCAAUUACAAUUCCAUCACAAAAUGGUAAAGGAGAACUUAAAAGAAUUGAAGAAGUUUUCGAUUGUUGGUUUGAAUCAGGUUCAAUGCCUUAUGCAUCAAAACAUUAUCCUUUUGAAAAUGAAUCUAAAUUUUUAAAUGCAUUCCCAGCAAAUUUUAUAUCUGAAGGUUUAGAUCAAACAAGAGGUUGGUUUUAUACUUUAACUGUUUUAGGUACUCAUUUAUUUAAUACAGCACCUUAUCAAAAUGUUAUUGUUUCAGGUAUUGUUUUAGCAGCUGAUGGUAAAAAAAUGUCCAAGAGAUUGAAAAAUUAUCCUGAUCCAAGUUUAGUUUUAGAAAAAUAUGGUGCUGAUGCAUUAAGAUUAUAUUUAAUUAAUUCACCUGUUUUAAGAGCUGAAACUUUAAAAUUUAAAGAAGAAGGUGUUAAAGAAAUUGUUUCAUCAGUUUUAUUACCAUGGUAUAAUUCAUAUAAAUUUUUUAAAGAUGCUGCAAAUAUUUAUAAAAAAGAAAAUGGUAAAGAAUUUGUAUAUAAUAUUGAACUUAGAUCUACUAAUGUUAUGGAUAAAUGGUUAUUAGCAUCAAUUCAAUCAUUAAUUAAAUUUAUUCAUGAAGAAAUGCAAGGUUAUAGAUUAUAUACUGUUGUUCCAAGAUUAUUACAAUUUAUCGACGAUUUAACAAAUUGGUAUAUUAGAUUUAAUCGUAGAAGAAUUAAAGGUUCACCUGAUGGAAUUGAAGAUACUGAAAAGGGAUUGAAUACUUUAUUAGAAGCUUUAAUUAUAUUAUCAAGAGCAAUGGCCCCAUUUACUCCAUAUUUAGCUGAUGGUAUAUAUCAAAGAAUCAAGGAAUACUUUAAUGAAUCAGAAUUAAAAAGAUUUGCAGUUAAUCCAAAACAUAUAGAUUUGAGAUCAGUUCAUUUCUUAUCUUACCCAUCAGUUAGAGAAGAAUUAUUUGAUGAAAAAAUUGAAAUUGCAGUUGGUAGAAUGCAAAAAGUUAUUGAUUUAGGUAGAAAUAUUCGUGAAAAGAAAUUAAUUUCAUUAAAAACACCAUUAAAGGAACUUGUUGUUUUAAAUUCAGAUCCUGAUUAUAUUGCAGAUAUAAAAACUUUAGAAAAUUAUAUAAAAGAAGAAUUAAAUGUUAGAAAUGUAACAAUAACAAAUGAUGAAUCAAAAUAUCAUGUUAAAUAUUCAUGUGUUGCUGAUUGGUCAAUUUUAGGAAAGAAAUUGAAAAAAGAUGCUAAAAAAGUUAAAGAUGCAUUACCUAAAGUAUCAUCAGAAGAAGUUAAAAGUUUUGCUUCUUGUGGUAAAUUGAAUGUUGAUGGUAUAGAAUUAGUUGAAGAAGAUUUAGUUGUUCUUAAAGGUUUAGAUGAUUCAAAAGAUGUCGAAGGUCAAGAAUAUAGAUCAUAUCAAGAUUUAUUAGUCAUAUUAGAUGUUCAAUCACAUCCUGAUUUAAUUUCAGAAGGUUUCGCAAGAGAAUUAAUUAAUAGAAUUCAAAGAUUAAGAAAAAAAGUUGGUUUACAAACUACUGAUGAUGUUGAAGUUGAAUAUAAAUUAAUUAAUGAUACUAUUGAAUUUGAUAAAAUGGUUAACGAUAAUGAAGAAAUUAUAAUUAAAUCAACAAAAUAUCCAGUUAAGAAAUUUAGUGAUGAGUUUGACAAGGAAAAGUUAAUAACUGAAGAAGAACAAACAAUUAAUGACACUGUAUUUAGUUUAAGAUUAUUAAAAUUAGAAUAA